AUGUCAUUCCUUAAAUCACUGAAAAUCAACGAUCCGGAAAAACUCAAAGAUCCAGAUUUCGUUUCUUCGCUGAACCAAAAGGAGGUGAUUUCCAAGCUGCUAGUUGCUGUACUCUCCCUUCAGGGCCAGGUUGAAGAGCUGAAUGAGAAACUAGAAAAGUAUGAGAAUCUGGAUAGACUGUUGAACGGCGAAGAUCUGUCAGAACCUCCUGUUCCAGACCCGAAAAAGGAAAGCCUAGUUGUCGAAAAGGUGUCCAGAUCCCCUUCAGACGACAGCAUACCUGUUGGAUUCACGCCCCUCUACUCGACACCGGCCCUUUCAGAAUCUGAGAUCAUCGACAAACCAGCGAAAAAAAAUGUUGUGCUGAAGCCGUGGCCCGAAGUAUCGCUCAACCAGUUGGCACAAAGGUUCAAAGUUCCUCGAGAACAGCUAAUGCUGGCUAACAAGACGCUAAAUAAGGACAGAAAAGGACACCUGCGUCCACUAAAGCCCAACGUCGAGACUGAAACGCCGUCGCCUAGUGACUCUAAAGAGUCUACUCCGCAGCCUGCGAAGCUGACUAAACCAGCAAAAAGGAAAUUCGAUCAAGCCAUUGAAUCGCCGAGUUCGAAUGAAGCGUCUGGCAGUUCAGACCGUACAAGUGAAACAGCUCCCGCUAUAACGAAAAAACCUCUCAGAUACACGGUCACCAGCCUUGGACUCUACAAAUGUGACGCUUGUUUAAACGAUGAGAUCUACUCGAGUUAUCCAGCAUUGUAUGAACAUAAAAAGAGCAGUCAUCCCGACGAGUUUACAAGCAUGAAGCUGGAAAAGUCAAGCUGA